AUGGCACCUGAUCCAAAUUAUAAUCAAAGAUCUAACUUAGGAUCGGUUUUUAGAACACUAGCAGCAAUUUCUAAAGCCAAAAGUAAAGCGAUGGCGUUAGAUAACUUUGUGAAGGCAGAGAGAAUAGAAAAACAAUCAAAAAUCGAAACUUCUCUUAUAAAAAUAAAAAGAGAAAUUUUUCAAUUGAAUUUAUCAAGAUUAAAGCAGCGCUCAAAUACAAGAGAAAAAAUCGAAAACGAUAGAGAUAAAACAGAAAAUAUCAAAUUAAAAGUAAUCGAAAUAAGAGAAAGUCUGGGUUCAUUCCUUAUCAAUGAAGAAUAUAAGAAAAAAUUUGAUAAAGAAUUAGAUUUGUGUGAGCAGGUUUUAAACGGAAUUGAUCUAGGAAGAAAGGAGCUAAUGAAUUUUUUGACUUAUGGAAAAUAA